CUUGAUUUAUCCUUUUUCUCUCCAAAUUAUUUCUUUCCUGUUCAAUCAAAUUUUUGAAAAGAAAUAAACGAAAUCAUGUCAAAGCAGGAUAUAGACUCAUUACCUAGAAAGAAUAAACACAUUCUUACACCCUUGGAAUUACAACAAGAAAAAUUAGAAAAAUUGUUUGAAAAGAUUGACAAACCGGUCUUCAUUCCAGAGCCUCCCAAGGAACGAAAUACACUCCAAGCACCUAAAGACUUUAUUCGCAAUGUUUCUGGAUCAAGUGCUGGUGCAGGUAGUGGAGAUUUUCAUGUGUACAGAGCACAGAGAAGAAGAGAAUAUGCCAGAAUGAAAAACAUGGAUGAUCAGGAGUUUAAGGAAAAAGAUGAAAGAGAAUAUAGUGAGAAAUUAGCACGUUUACGUGAAGCGGAUGAAGAACGCACAGCAAAAAAGAGAGCAAAACGUCAAAAGCGUAAUAAGAAAGCAGAUAUAGAAAAGAAGAAAUAAAUCAUAUCAAAAAGAAAAAAGAAAAUUAAGGGGUGGGAUAUGAGGGCAUAUAAAAUACAUAGUCAUAAGAGAAAAGCCAGAAUAAGAAGGGGGCGGAGGGUGGGGUAUAAGGACAUAUAAAUUAUUUUGUUUCCGAGUUGUCAAGCUCUUGGAGCCAAUCAUCAGGUAUAACUGGUACUAAUGAAAAGUGAUCAUUUGUAACAGAUAAUUGAGCUGUGGUUGGAAUAAAGAAUGGUAACAUAAAUCUUGAAUCUUUUGUUUCGUUUGUUUCUUUGUCAUGCUCAUCUUCAUCAUCAUCACUACU